AUGGUUCGCUGCGUCACCUUCGAGAUUCGGUGGCAUGAUACGCUACCAAUUUACUCGUGUGCUUUUCAACCCAUCUCGUCCGCGCGCCUUGCUCAGGUGCUUGAUCACAACUUAGGCCAAGCGGCUGGCCUACCGCCCGGCCACAGUUUGGCGGGCAGUGACAGUGCGAAUACGACACAGGACGCUGUGCAACAAGCCCCUGUGCUGGCCGGUGGUCAGAGCUGGCGUCUUGCUACGGCUGGCGGCGAUAACAAUGUACGCAUUUGGAUGAUCCACCCGAACAUUCCCUCGCCAGCCGCGCUGGCAGCGUCCUCGACGGGCGCGAUGCAUCCCCCGCGAACAGAGUAUGCAGCCACUCUCACUCGACAUACAGGUGUCGUCAAUGUCGUGCGCUUCUCACCGCAAGGCGACGUCCUAGCGUCGGCGGGGGACGAUGGCAAUGUGUUGUUCUGGGUCCGCAGUGAUCAGCUUCGGCAAGCGUUUGGCGAGAAUCAUUUCACGUCCGCGGAAGGUGAGGCGCAAUACGAUAAAGAGUCGUGGCGCGUACGUCUGAUGACUCGUGCUACGCCGCAAGAGCUCUAUGAUAUGGCGUGGAGUCCUGAUGGCGAACAUGUUGCUGUGGGCGGCACAGAUUUCGCCGUCCGCAUCAUCAAUACCGCCGAUGGGUCUGUGAUCCGUGAGAUUUCCGAGCACCAGCACUAUGUCCAAGGCGUAGCAUGGGAUCCAUUACAGCGGUACCUUGCUACGCAGAGCAGUGAUCGGUCGGUCCACGUCUACAACUUAGAGCAAGACAACGGCAAAGCCAUGGACACGCAGCUGGUCAGCCGUCACAGCCGCACCUCGAUGCAUGGCGCUAAGCCGCAUGAGACGAAAGCGCAAUUUGCUGUUCCAGCUGAGCCUGGCUCUUGCCCGUCGUCGCCCUCUCGCAAGCGUCACCGCUCUUCCUCCCCUGCGCCGCUGCCGACCAUUCGGCCACCGCCCAGCGUGCAUGAGCGCUUAGCGGCAAGUAGUACUGCGCCGGGCGAUCAUGUACACAAACUGUACGGUGAUGACCGAAGCAGCAGUUUUUUCCGGCGCUUGGCUUUCUCGCCGGACGGUGGAUUGCUCGCUACGCCUACAGGGCAGUACUUGGCGUAUGCGCCAGGCGCCAAUGAGCCACAUAAGAGCCCAGUCGCCUCGUCGAACGCUGUGUAUUUGUAUGGCCGUGCCAACUUUGGCAAGUCACACACGCCUAUUGCUGUGCUACCGGGCCACAAGUCGACGACCCUGGUCGUGAGCUUCUCGCCCAUUCUGUACCGCUUGCGUGACACCAGCGCCGAGCCUGCGUCGGCCAUGCCUGCCGGCACCGCUGUGCCACUCUCCACCGAGGUCCAAGAUAUACCGCUCUCUCCCAAGACGCCUGCCGUGAGUACGUUUGGACUGCCGUACCGUAUGGUGUACGCAGUGGCCACGCAGGACAGUGUAUGGAUCUAUGAUACGCAACAGGCAGGGCCACUCUGCUGUUUCAGCAACUUGCAUUAUGCUGCCUUCACCGACUUGGCCUGGUCACCCGAUGGCCAAUCGCUCAUGAUGUCCUCGUCAGAUGGAUACUGCUCUAUUGCUGUCUUUGACUACCAUGAACUAGGCCGGCCGUACCAAUACAGCGAGCAGCCUGCCCUGCACCGAGCAUGGAAUCGGCCUGUGGACGCUACUACCUCGUCGUCUAUACCCACCCCUGCGUCCCAACCGCCGGCCACGGAGCUUCCGACACCAGCUACGCCAGCUGCUACGGACGCUGCCGCUACUGCCGAAACAGCGCCGCUCACCUCCUCUGCCCCCUCGCAGAGCGAGCCCAAGAAGAAGCGCCGCGUCGCGCUGAAAUUCGAGGGCCCGCUGCCCCCGUCAUAG